GUAACCAUUGUAAUAAUAAUAGAAGCGAGUAGAAACGUGACGGUAAAAUCAACACGAAAACCUUAACCAUCAUGCUUGGAGAGAAAGCUUUAGAGCUUAUUAAAGAGCUAGACAGAUCUAAAGAUGGCCAGUUACCAGCAUUUAAUGAGGACUCUAUUAGAAUGGUGCUAGAGGAGAUGACCACACUCUUCGAGCAAAAUCAGCGGGAUGUGAAUGCAACAGUAGCUGGUGAUGUUCGAUUCUUUUCUGGAGUUCAUUUACGCCAUGCUGCUCUAGAGAGAAAUAAAAGAUGUUUGUUGGCUUAUCUAUACAACAGGUUGGAGAGAGUUAAAGCCAUGCGAUGGGAAUUUGGUAGUAUUUUACCUGCUGAAAUUAGAGCCAAUAUAUGUGAACCUGAGAUUCAGUGGUUCAACAGAUACAACAAGAAUCUUGCAUUAUACAUGAGAUCACUGGGAGAAGGAACUGGAUUAGACCUUACACAAGACACUAAACCACCAAAGAAUUUGUAUGUUGAGGUGCGUUGCCUCAAGGAUUAUGGUGAAUUUGAGAUCGAAGAGGGAGACAUCGUUGUGCUUCAGAAAAACACAACCCACUACCUUCCCAUGUCUCACUGCCAGCAUCUUAUUCGGCAAGGCAUCCUUGAACAAGUGGAAUGAAGAUAGAAGAUAACUAUAAAAUAAAAUCAUGCUUUGAUGUAGACCAGUUGGCUUUGGUCACCUAUGAAAUGAGGAGACAAAGAGUCACAAUAACGUGGACGAAGAUAUGAUGACCAAACCACAAACCAAAAGAUGAAGAGACGACGACGUUUCAAUUCGUCCUGUACCAUUAUCAAGUCAAUUGUCAUUAUCACUAUCACAUUCCAUUAUCACAGUCGACUUGAUAAUGGUCCAGAACGGACCGAAACAGUGUCGUCUCUUCAUCCUCUGGUUUGUGGUUUGGUCAUCACUUAUGAAAUAAUCUUGAGGAAAGCAGAGGUAGAAGUGGUUCUUGUCCUCAUACAUUCUACAGGGACAUUUUAAGGUCUACUCUUUCUCAACCUUACAUUGUCUUUUUACAGACUGUUGAAUUUUUCUAUUAUUCAAAAUUUAUAUUAAAUAUUUCUUUUGUAUUAAUAACUCCUUUUUUUGGGGGUUUCACAAUUGUGUAUGUUUGAUGGCAAUCCACAGCUCAUUUACACACAUUUCUGAGGGCAAGCAAGUGGCAACUGUUUAAUAUAUGUUAUUGCCAAAUCAACAUUCAAUUGCUUAUGUCUUAUAUACUGUAGUUCCUUCAAAAAGGUAGCUGCAAUAUAAGGAAAAAGUUUUUGCAUGAAGUGCACUCAAAAGAUGUGUACAUUAAGAACAAGGCAAAAAAUUAAGAUACUUUAGAAAAUUUUGGUGAAUGGGAAUCAAUUGCUUAGAUUAAAAGCAUUUGAGUGGAUACUAAGAAUUUUACUUUUUAUACAAUUUUGAUAAGAGAAUAUACAAUUUUGCAAUGAAGAAGGGGAAAUGUUAUUGUCCUUCAUUUAGUUUCGUCUUUUCCACAUAGCCAACCAUGACAUAUCACCAUUAGUGUAUACAACCACUACUACACUCUCCACAUCCACUGCAACAACAUAUGACCACAUACAAACACAAUAUGCUAUCACUAUCAUUGCGUACUAACUCCACAGCUUACCACUAUCAUCACAUACCACUCCUUCCACCACAUACCACCCUUUCAUCAGAUAUUGCACAUGUCACUACUGCCACAAAACAAAAACCCGAUCAUAUAUUAUCACAUACCACCACAUAUGCUUAUUUUUUGUAUUUAUGACAUUUUACACAUUUUGAACAUACAUUUGGCUUGAUAGUUGUUUGAACAAUUUUGGGAGGGCACCUGAUGAUGGCUCCUCGUGCUUGCUACCUGGGAAGCUGCACCCAAUUCAAUCCACUCUCUCUCUUAAGGGGUGCGAGGAGCAGGGGAUCUGAGAGCACCCUAAUGAAGAAAAGGUAACCAGAAUGGUGGAUAAACCAAAACAUACAAGCAGCAAGGUAAACAAAAUAUAAAAAAGCAGCUCCUCCCUGUCUGGGUUUGCCCAAGCAGUGAGAAGGUGUUUGUAAGAUGCAGCUGUAUGAUGUCUCUUAGUUGGACUAUAUAAGCAGACUCAAAUACCUUGGCCUAGAGAUUCCACUGUAUGGCCACAUUGAAGUUAGACUGGCUCAUCUCUAUCUAUAAAUCUAUCAAUUUUUGUUUAACCUCUUGUAUGUAUGUACUUUACCUGAAUAAACAUUUGAAUUUUGAA